AUGUCAAAAAUACAACCUUUGCCUGAAAAUUUACAAAAAGUAGCAAUUGAAGAACUGGGAGAAGUGCCCUCAAGACUCUACGAUGAUUUACAGGCUUUGGAGCUAUGGAUUCAACAGCAACCACAUUUAAGGGCUCGAACGGAUCAUCAAUUGUUAGUGCAAUUCUUGAGAGGCUGUAAAUUUAGCCUUCAACGGGCCAAGGAGAAAUUGGAGAGCUAUUAUAGCCUAAAAUCAAAAUAUCCUGAGCUACUAAAUCCCACAGAUGUUGAUGCACCACAGCUAAGGAAUUUAUUUCAAAUGGGUUGCAUUGUCCCCCUGCCCAGACCCUUGAAUGAUUGUGGAACACGAAUUAUGCUCUAUCGUUAUAAUUACCCUGUGGAUAAAUUCUCCAUUCAAGAUGUAAUUUUACUCGAUGUACUUCUACAUGAUAUUUUACUAAUCGAUGACCCGUAUGCCUGCAUUUAUGGUGUUAUAUAUUUGGUGGACUUAUCCAGUUUUUCGGCGGGACACAUAUUACAAUUUUCUCCUAGUGUCCUUAAA